AUGAAGGGCUUUCUCCUCACAGCAGCCCUCGCUCUACUCUCCCCUGCUCAGGCAGUUUGGCCUGAAGCAGAGGGUAAGUCGAUCGUUUACUCUGCCGUUCCGGGCUUCUUCCUCCAAGAUGACAGUGCCACUGACCCAAGUGGCUUUGACUAUGCCAAGCAAAAUUUUGGUCUCAUCAACAGGACCUACUCUACUGAUAAGCGUUUUGACCCGGCAGGUGCCAAGAGCCAGUGGCAGCGGUUCGAGCGCUACAUCACGAAGCUCACCAAGGCCUGUAACAAGGACCCCAAUGUCCGCUACAAGCUUCUUUUCAUGGGACGCCAUGGUGAGGGUUGGCACAACGCGGCCGAGACCUUCUACGGAACUCCUGCUUGGAACUGCUACUGGGCUGAGCAGGAAGGCAAUGGAACUGCCGUAUGGAGCGACCCCCUCCUCACCCCUGCUGGUCUGCAGGAGGCCUACAAGGCCAAUGCCUACUUCAAGGAUAGAUAUACGACCCAGAAGAUGCCGUAUUUUGAGUCAUACUAUUCCAGUCCUCUGAGCCGAUGCACCAUCACGGCCAACCUGACCUUUGGCGACAUCACCGUUCCCCAGGACAAGCCUUUUGUCCCCACUGUCAAGGAGGGUUUCCGUGAGGGCAUGACCAUCCACACUUGUAACCGUCGCUCGACCAAGACUUACAUCCAGAACAUGUUCCCCUGGUACAAGUUCGAGGCCGGCUUCACCGAGAACGAUGAGCUCUGGCACAAGUCCCUCGCCGAGACCAGCGCUGCUCAGGACGUUCGUUCCAAGGAGGCACUGGAUGAGGUCUUCCGCCAGGACGACAAGACAUGGCUUAGCAUCACCAGCCACUCUGGAGAGAUCACCAGCCUUCUCAGGGUCUUGAACCACCGUUCCUUCCGUCUGUCCACUGGGCAGAUCAUCCCCGUUCUCGUCAAGGCUGAGGUUGUCUCCCUCCAGCCAGAGCCUACCUAUGUUGCCCUCGAACCCUACUCCACCUGCACAUCGCCUCCCCUAACCAGCAAUGCUGCUCAAGGCUGUGUCUGCUCGACACCUGGUGCUAGCUCGCUGACUCCCUCAGCUACGCCGACGCCCAGCCCCACCGCUACCCCAUAG